AUGGCUACUCCCGAAUCCAAUGUAGAUGUGCUCAUCAUCGGGGCGGGUCCUGCGGGGUUGAUGGCAGCCGCCUGGAUGGCGCAUUGUGGCGUCAAUGCUCGCAUCGUUGACAAGAGAAACACAAAGAUCUUUUGUGGCCAGGCCGAUGGACUCCAAUGUCGCAGUCUGGAGAUUUUUGACUCGCUCGGCUUCGCGGACCGGGCCUGGAAGGAAGCCAAUCACAUGAUUGAGAUUUGCAUGUGGAACCCCGGAAAUGACGGAGUUAUUCGCCGUAGCGACAGAAUCCCAGACACUAUCGUCGGCCUCUCUCGCUUCCAGCAGAUCGUCCUUCAGCAAGGCCGCAUCGAGCGGUUCUUCUUAGAGAACAUCAAGAAGCACUCCAAGGACACGAUCAAGGUCGAACGCGGGGUCCUUCCCGAGUCACUCGAGAUUGACUUGUCCAAGGUGGAUGACGACGACGCCUACCCAGUAACAGUAAAGCUUCGUCAACUUAACGAGGAGGAGUCUGCCCCCCCUCAGGCCGCCAACGCUAGUAGGAUCCCUGACGGUCUGUUCCGGAGCAACCUCAUCCGGGACGAUGACGAGGCGGACUUGAUCAAGAAGGCCCAGGACAGAGCUGGAGCGAGUGAGAUAAUUCACGCCAAAUAUGUCAUUGGCUGUGAUGGUGCUCGCAGUUGGACUCGGAGAGCCCUCGGAUUUGAGCUCGAUGGAGAGGCUACUGAUUUCAUCUGGGGUGUCAUGGACAUUAUCCCCAUCACAGACUUUCCCGAUAUUCGGAUGCGAUGUGCCAUCCACUCCGCUGAGAACGGUAGUUUGAUGGUCAUCCCCAGAGAGAACAAGCUUGUCCGCCUCUACAUCCAGCUGAAGGAGGUCGCUCCCGAUGCGUCCGGAAGAGCAGACCGCUCCAAGAUCACACCCGAGCUUAUCUUUGGCGCCGCCCAAAAGAUCCUCAGCCCGUACAAGAUUGAGUACGAGUACUGCGACUGGUGGACCGCAUACCAGAUCGGCCAAAGAGUUGGUACCAGGUACGACGCCCACGGCCGCGUCUUCCUCGCCGGAGACGCCGUCCACACCCACUCCCCCAAGGCCGGCCAGGGUAUGAACGUCUCCAUGCAAGACACCUACAACCUCGGCUGGAAAGUCGCUCUGGCCGCCAAGGGUAUCGCGAAGCGGGAAAUCCUGGGCACCUACCAGAGCGAGCGCCGCCGCGUCGCGCAAGACCUCAUUGAGUUCGACCACCGCUUCAGCCGUCUCUUCUCCGGUCGCCCGGCCAAGGACGUCCUAGACGAGGAGGGUGUCAGUAUGGAGGUCUUUAAGGACGCCUUCCUCAAGGGCAACUUGUUCGCGUCCGGUCUGUCGGUCGACUACGGGGCCAGCAACCUCGUCGUCAAGGCCGGUGAUGCCUUGAAGCAGGGCGAUGGUCACAAGGUGCUCAAGUCUGUGACGGCAAUCUCCGAAGAGGACUUCAAGAAGAAGCAGGCACUGGCGACUGGUCUGCCCGUCGGUAUGCGUUUCAACAGCUUCAAGGUCCUGAACCAAGCCUGCGCCCGCCCCUGGCACUUCCAGGAAAGACUCAAGGCGGAUGGCCGUUUCCGCGUCGUGCUCUUCGCGGGUAAUAUUCUCGAUACGCCGCAAAAGGCCCGUGUCGAAAAGUUCUGCGCGGCUCUCGACGCCCCCGGGAACUUCCUCCGCAAGAUCACGCCUCCAGGUUCUCCCAUCGACAGCGUCAUCGAGGUCCUGACCAUCCACUCUGCGAAGCGCACCGACACGGAGCUACUGAGAGACCUCCCCGACAUCUUGCACCCCUUUGAUGCACACACCGGCUGGGACUACAACAAGGUGUACGUCGACGAUGAGAGCUACCACGAGGGCUUUGGAGACGCCUACAAGAAUUACGGCGUCGACAAGCAGAGGGGCUGUGUUAUUGCUGUGCGGCCUGACCAGUAUGUUGCGUGGAUUGGUGAGCUCGAGGACUUUGAUGAUUUGCAAAAGUACUUUGAGGGAUGUCUGCUCGUGGGUGAACACGCCACCAAUGGCACGAAUGGGACCUUUGGAACUGCAUUGCCCGUUCGAUAG